AUGACCACAUCAUCGCUCCCAAAAUUAAAACUCACCUACUUCAACAUCCAAGGCCCCGCGGAGAAGGUUCGUUUGGCGUUAACGAUCGGGAAAGUCCCGUUCGAGGACCACAGAAUCGCGAUGCCGGGGCAAUCCGACGAGUGGAAAGAACAGUAUAAACCGAAAACGCCGUUCGGGAAAGUCCCGGUGCUUGAAAUCGACGGGAAGGAAGUGGUGUCGCAAUCGGACGCGUUGUUACGAUACGCGGGGAUAUUGGCGAACGAGAACGGCGUUGAGUUGUACCCGCAAGGUGGGAUGGCGCAAUUGAGAACGGACGAGAUGAUUUCGUUGGUGGAUGAGAUGGCGAAUAGUUGGGCGCCGAGGCUGUACGUCGGUAUGCAACCGAAGAAUUUCGGAUACCCGGACGAUGAUGCUUGGAAAGGCUCGGAUGAACACAAAAAAGCGACCGAAAUAGCGCGAACGAGGUGGGUUGACGACGAUUUGCCCGUGUAUUUAGGGCACGUUAAGAAACAGUUGGCGAAGAGCGGCGGUAAGUUUCUUUGCGGCGAGAAGGUGACCAUCGCGGAUUGCUACUUAGUCCCGAUGUUGAAUCGUUUGUCGAGCGGCGGCAUCGAUUACGUGGAUAAAGAGUGCGUGGCCAAGCAUGGGGGCGCUGAAGUUACGGAUUACGUCGAGAGAUUCAUGAACAUAGAAGAGGUGAAGAAGUGGUACGCGCCGAAGGAUGUGUAA